AUGAGUUCUCAUUCUUUCGGUGCUUUCAUUGAUAUCGAGCAAUCCUCAAGCAAGGACGUAGCUCCUACAGCUCCUGCUGCCCCCGCCAAAGCAUUCCCUCGAGUCUACCACUCUAUUCCGGAUCCCAUCGAGCUCGAAAAUCUACAAUGUGGUAGCAGGCUUCAUGGCACCUCCCAGCCUGGUUCUGGGACCCAAACACCAAGAGAGCCGAACGACCUGGAGAUGAGUGGUCCGCCAACUCCAGUCAAUGAGCAUGAGGUGGACGCGCUGCAGAGCUUCUCCUACCCGCCAAUGAACAGAUUUCGAAUGCUGUCUGUCUGUCUGCUUAACUUUGGGAAUGGCUUGUCUGACUCAGCACCCGGAGCUUUAAUUCCUUACAUGGAAACACAUUACAAUAUCGGAUAUGCUGUCGUUUCUCUCAUCUUCGUCACAAAUGCCAUCGGCUUCAUCUCAGCUGCAUUUUUUGUCGAUGUCCUUCGAGCCCGCCUUGGACGAGCCAGGACCCUCAUUGUUGCGCAGACUUUUAUGAUUUGCGGAUACAUCCCGAUUGUUUGCACACCACCGUGGCCCGUGGUCGUCGUUUGCUUCUUUCUUCUGGGAUUCGGAAUGGCAAUAAAUCUGGCUAUGGGAAAUGUAUUUGCCGCUAACCUACACAAUGGCACUAAGAUGCUGGGAGCAAUGCAUGGAUCAUACGGAGUUGGAGGGAUAAUUGGUCCGUUAAUAGCUACGGCUUUGGUCACUAAAGGAAGUUUGCCCUGGAGCAGGUACUAUUUUCUCCCGCUCUCCAUUGCCCUAUUCAAUGGAGUCCUCGGUGCAUGGUCAUUCUGGCACUAUGAGGCUGAAGCUGGAAUGUCUCUCCUCACUCCAUUGGAAAUCAUUGCGUCGCGGCGACAGGAAAUUGGAGGCCUUGCUCCAGCGCCAAAGGCUCAGAUCAAAGAGCAACUAGUCAAUAUGUUGCAAUCCUUCAAAUCCAAGACUGUCAUUCUUGGUGCACUGUUUAUCUUCGCCUAUCAAGGAGCAGAAGUAUCGAUCUCUGGCUGGGUUAUUUCUUUCCUGAUCACGGCUCGCCACGGGGAUCCUGCAUCAGUGGGAUAUGUUACGUCCGGUUUCUGGGCGGGUAUUACACUCGGACGGUUCUUCCUCUCCCACCCCGCCCACAAGAUCGGAGAAAAGCUCUUCGUUUACGGAAUGGUCGUUGGAGCGGUAAUUUUUGAGCUUCUGGUCUGGUUGGUCCCCAACGUCAUAGGCAAUGCCGUGGCAGUUUCUAUCGUCGGCUUGUUGCUGGGACCAGUAUAUCCUUGCGCAACAGUCAUCUUCUCGAGAGCCAUUGGUCGCAAGGAGCAGGUUAGCAGUUUGAGUGUUAUAAGUGCCUUUGGUUCUUCUGGCGGGGCUGUGGCUCCAUUCACAACAGGUAUCUUGGCCCAAGCUGCUGGAACGUUCGUCUUGCACCCAAUCGCUAUUGGUCUUUUCACUGUCAUGCUUGGGUGCUGGUUCGUUUUGCCUACACCUAAGAAGCGCAGUACCGAGUAA